UCGUCAGUCUGUCAAAAAAUUGCAAAAAUUCGGGAAAAUUUUAAAAUUCAAUAAAAUCUCAUUUAUAGACAUUUUAAAUUAUUCUACACUAAUUAAGGUUUAAAGAAACAUCAGUAGAUACGGAGAAAGCUAAAGAAAUGUCAAAAAAUAAGUUAAAUCUUACAUUACCACCACCUUCAAUGGAUCAAGCAGCAGCUCAACCUGGUUUGCCAUCUGCAGACUUCCAACGUUUCAGGAAAAAAGAAUUACUUGGUACAAAAAACAGUAUUGAUCAAUUAACAGAAACAUUAGAGGAACUAGAAAUGGAUGAAAAUGCACGUAAAAGAAUUAAAGUAUUUUUGAGUCAAAAAGAGAAGAUUGGUGAAUUAUCGGAUCAGGAUCUUGAGAAGCUUGGUGAACUUGGUUCAGGAAAUGGAGGCGUUGUAAUGAAAGUACGUCAUAAGCCAACAUCCUUAAUAAUGGCUAGAAAAAUGAUACAUCUGGAAGUUAAGCCAGCUAUCAAGAAACAAAUUAUACGCGAGUUAAAGGUCUUGCAUGAAUGUAAUUUUCCACAUAUUGUGGGAUUUUAUGGAGCAUUUUAUAGUGAUGGAGAGAUAAGUAUUUGUAUGGAGUAUAUGGAUGGCGGAUCACUUGAUUUAAUAUUGAAACGAGCAGGGCGUAUCACUGAAGAUAUUUUAGGUAAAAUAACUGUUGCUGUACUCAAAGGCCUAUCGUAUUUACGUGACAAACAUGCAAUCAUUCAUCGUGAUGUCAAACCUUCCAACAUACUCGUCAAUAGUAGUGGUGAAAUAAAGAUUUGUGAUUUUGGUGUUAGUGGUCAAUUGAUUGAUUCCAUGGCAAAUUCAUUUGUCGGUACAAGAAGCUACAUGUCACCGGAACGAUUACAAGGAACACAUUAUUCAGUUCAAUCGGAUAUUUGGUCUCUGGGUUUAUCAUUAGUUGAGAUGGCGAUUGGAAUGUAUCCAAUUCCACCGCCUGAAAUGCAAACACUUGAUGCCAUCUUGUUAAGCGAUGGACAAUCAUUGGCGAAUCAGACAAUUAUCGAGCCAAGAUCAAUGGCUAUUUUUGAACUAUUAGACUAUAUAGUUAAUGAACCGCCACCUAAAUUGGAGCAUCCAAGUUUCAGUCCAAAUUUCAAAGACUUUGUAGAUAAAUGUUUAAAGAAAAAUCCCGAAGAGCGAGCUGACUUAAAAACUUUAAUGAUUCAUGAUUGGAUACGACUUGCUGAGGAGGCAGACGUGGACGUUUCAGGAUGGGUCUGCAAAACAAUGAAUUUACCGCUUACACCCAAACGAACAAUACCCAUACCCCAUUAAAUUAUAAUAUUAAUUAUCAAAUAAUUAAGCCACUAUAAUAUUCAUCCAGUCAUAUUUUUAAUUAAAUUAAACAAUUUUUAAACAUAUUGAUUAAAAAGCAAAGGAAAGGAAAUUUUCGAAAGGAAAUGAAAGUAAUUUCAAGGAAAAGGAGAAUGUCAAGUUCCAUAAAAUUUGUUCUUAUUGAGAAAAACAGUCUUUUUUUUCUCUUUUUUCUAUUUGUGUAAACGUGUUAUAUUGGAAAAAGUACAUUAAAAAAAUUGUUCUAAAUUAUUACAAUGAAUGUGUAAAUUAAAAAUUGAAUCCAAAAAGAAUUAAUUGAUUAAAGUUAAUAAAGAAC